CUGGUAUAAUCUUAUUCGCAAAUAACAAACAACAAUUUGCCAUCUUUUUGUCAAUUUGAAAUUUUCGCACGGCACCAUUAACAAUGAUCUCGAGUCUUAAGUAAUAUCCUGCAGUGACAGCAACGGAUAUUACCUACUUCGACUUCGUACAAAAUAGACGUUGCGAUCCUUGCCGAUGCUCAUUGAGAAACACUAUUCAAAUAAUAUCCUUAACAAUAAUUGCUUCGGUCACGAAGACGCAAAGCGGUCCAUGUCCAAAGUACAAGAAUUACCAAAGCACACAAGCUUUCUGAAAAGUCGUAUGGACCUAGGUGGUGGUGACUUCGAAUUCUUACGAGGAAAAAUUUAUCUUAAACCAGAAGAUCAGUUACAAUUAACAGAAACAGAAUUGCAAGAAGAAAUUGCAAGAGUAUUAACUAUACAUAAUACAAGAGUUCCAGAUUCUUUAGUUGAAUGGUCAUGGAAAUUGAAGAAUUUUAUAAAAUUGCCUCCCCCACCACAUUUAGUAACUCUUUUAAAUGUACCUGGGUUGAUAUUACAUAAAGAUUCUGAAGAAGCAAAAGUACAAUUAGCAGGUGGACUUGUGACAGAUCAUGAAGCAAUGCCUCACAAAACUGAAGAUGAAGAAGAAGAAGGAGAAGAAGAAGGAAUGGAAGCAGAAGAAGAAGAAGAGGAAGAAGAAGAAGCACAUGAGCAAGAUGAAGGUGAAGAAGAGCAUAAAGAAGGUGAACACGACCAUGAACACGACCAUGAACCAGAUGAAGAAGAAGAACGAGUAAAACCUAAAAAAAUACCAAAUCAAUUUAAUUUUUGUGAAAGAGCUGCUUUAACAUACAGUAAUCCUAUGCGAGAAAUGAGUACCCAAACAGUACCACCACCAACAGCUGAAUUUAAUACUCAUGUUUUCCAAUGGACAAUCUUCGAUGAAUAUCAGGAAGAUUUUGCUCAACAACAACGUGAAAGAGAAAGAGAAAGAAGAAUUCCACUUGCACAACCAAAAAAGGAAGAUCCAAAGAAAAAAACUGAUACAGAAUCUGCAGCACUAGCGUCAAGAAUGUUACAAGCUGUGAAAACAUUGGAGCGAAUGGUGAAUCAAAAUAUUUUUGAUGAAAUAUUACAAGAUUACAGAUAUUGGGAUGAUCCAAGUGAUGAAUUUAAAAGUGGAGAAGGAUCAUUACUACCCUUAUGGAAAUUUAGCUAUGAAAAGACUAAAAAGCACCAUGUUACAGAUUUGUGUUUUAACAGUAGAUAUUAUGACUUAUUUGCUGUAUCUUAUGGAACAAUGUCAUUUAGUAGUUUAAUAACAAAUGGUGCAAUAUGUUUAUUUACUUUAAAAAAUCCAUCAUAUCCAGAAUGGAUUUGUCCAACAGAAUCUCCAGUAAUGUGUUUAGCUUUUAAUGAACAACAUCCACAUCUUUUAGUCAUUGGUACUACAGAUGGUGCAGUAGCUGUUUAUAAUAUUAUGCUACCACCAACAGCUCCUCAAUAUAAAAGUAAUGAUGUUGUUCAAAAACACGGAGGUAUUGUAUGGGAGGUAUGUUGGGCACCAGACACAGAAGAAGGUAAUUUGGCAUUUUAUAGUGUCAGUAUUGAUGGAAAAAUUAACUACUGGAUAUUAAAUCAAAAUGAACUUGGUUUAACAACUGUAAUGACAUUGUUCUUAGACCGUCCACCAAUACCUGGACCUGAUGGGACUAUGAUUACACUUAAAGGCUGUGGAACAUGCAUAGCAUUUCAUCCUGCAGAUCAAAAUAUAUUCUUAGUUGGAACAGAAGAAGGAACAAUUUAUAAAUGCAAUACAGCAUAUAGUAGUGUUUAUAUGAGGACUUAUAACGAAGCACAUAAUAUGCCAGUAUACAGAAUAGUAUUUAAUAAAUUUAAUUCAAACAUAUUUGCAAGCUGUUCGGGUGACUGGAGAAUAAAAAUAUGGGAAGAUGAGAGAAUGGAACCUCUGUUUAUGUUUGAUCUUGGUGUUCCAAUUGGAGAUGUUCAAUGGGCUCCAUAUAGUUCAACGGUACUAGCUUGUGUUUCAAAUGAUGGUAAAGUUACAGUAUUUGAUCUGAAUGUGAACAAGUAUAGACCAAUAUGUAGUCAACCAGUUGUUAAUAGAAAGAAAAAUAAACCGACUCGACUUGCAUUCAACAAUAAAUUACCAUUCAUUAUAGUUGGUGAUGAUAAGGGUGCAAUAAAUACAUUGAAGUUGUCACCAAACCUCAGACUAAAGGUAAAGCCAACAAAGAAACAGCUUCAUUUAACUCAUACAGAAUUAGAAGUUAUGAAAUUAGAAAAAUUAUUGAGUUUUGUACGUGAGCCAGCUGUACUAGUACCACCAAAAGAUGAAAGGAUAGAGUAACUUAAUGGAACGAAAUCUUAAAGAUCUCUUUUUAAAAAUAAACUCUAUUUAUGUGUAUGAAA